CGCCUCUGCUGGCCUUCGAAAUGGGCUCGACUGCUUAGCCUUGAUUUCUUCAAUUGUCCCUCCGCAUAUCAACUUUUUACAAAGAAAAGCCUGUCCGCGAUGACAUUUGGAGGUGAAUUGGAAGACGAGGUCAGCCAGGUGAUUUCAGAACUGGUUCCUGUGCAGGCUGACUGGCUUGCAAGUCUCAGUUCCUGUGCAGUGCAGUAAAGCUACUCGCUUGGUCAGAGGAUUGCAAUGAAACCAGCUCAAGAGCGCAACCAGGAGUGCCUGCCUCCUAAGAAGAGGGACCUCCCAAUUAGUAACAGCGGAGGAGCUGGAGGGACUGGGGGAGGUGGGGCUGCAGGUGGGGGUGGUGGCAGUGGAGGUGGCAGUGUUGCUGGCGGUGGUAUUGGAGAAGAUGAAGUGGUUUCCAUCCAGAACUCUGCAGCCAACAGUGACACUCAGGGAGGGACCCCAUCCGGAGAGUGGCUGCGAGCUCAGCCAGGACUUCAUUAUGGAGUGGAUAAUUCUGAUGGCAUACCAGCAGUGCCCAUUGACCAGUACAGUAUGCUCUACAAAGUGGCUCUUCCAUCUGUUACCUACUCACCUACCAGUCUUCACCCAGUGUUAAGCCACAUCUCUCCAGCCUACACUGUUCAUUCUCCUCUCCUGCAACAUCCAGGCCUUCCCUAUCCUCCUCUUGGUUAUGCCCAGAUCCCUCAUUCCUCUCUACAGUUUGUUAGUUCACCUUAUGCAGCGGUACCUUAUGCUCUGACCCCUGGCUUUGUCCCAGGACCAUUAAUAUCUCCUUCAGGCACCAUCCCUCAGCCCCACUCUGUAUCCCACCUUGUUCCCUAUCCAUCUGUCAUCCAGGAAGGUGUUGUUUCCCCACCUCCCCAGGCCCAGGUAGCUUCUCAUACCUUUGCCAAAGUUGCAGCAUCUAGUGGUGUCCCACUGAUGCUACCUUCAGAGCAAGCUGCCCAGCAGCACCUUGGUACUGUAGGAGUCCUGCCUGCAACAGAGGUCAGCUCUCGAGGGAUGCCAGUCUACUACCACCCUCAGGGCGCCAGGGCUGCCACUGCCACCAGAGACCCCCACGGUGCCCAGCAGGAGAAUGAACCAGAGAUGAAUGGAGGGGAUAAAGAGCAGGUAGCCAGGGAGGUCGUACCAGACUCGAUCUUCGCUGCCAGAAAUGCACGUCUGCCACUGAUGGCACCCAGCUCUGCAACACAGGAUCACAGCCAAGACAGAGGCCUGCAGAACCGAAGACUGGAGGAGAGGAGCUCACCUGGUCAGCGCAGCACUCCAGACAGCGACCUGGAGGUGCAGCAGGUGGUUGGUCGUUUGGCUUCUUCCAGCCAUGGAGUUAGUGGAGUGCGGAAAGAGGUCUCCUUUGCUCCCUUGAACCUCUCUCAGGGUGCCCAGAGAGCCAGAGAUGUCCAUGGAGAGAACACUGGUGUAAUUUCCAGCCGGGCUGCGUACACGGUGCAACCUGCGACUUACAGUGACCCCAGAGUGACCGGUCUCCAGCAGCAAACAGGACAACCAGGCCAUGCUGUUGUGCUUGCCAAUGGACAACCAGUUCUUAUUCCCUUGGAGUAUCACCCGCAGCAUCAGCCCCAGCCACCACAGCAACACUACCCAGGACAGGCUAAUGAUGUCUCAGCCAGCCAUGCCUCUACCACCAUGGCCUCCAUUAACCCAAGCUUUAAAGCCUCUGAUUCUUCAGCCAGAGUGUGCCUCCCUGAAAGAGUGGAGCCGACCACAGCUCAGCAGCAGCUUCUACAGCAUCCUCCGAUCCAGCCUACAGCAGAUGUGACUCAGGCCUUAGCUUCAAGCCUCGCUCCCGCCCCGACUCCUUGCAACCCGUCACACUUCAUGAAGGGGGCCAUUAUCCAGCUGGCUACUGGGGAACUGAAGCGUGUGGAGGACCUGCAGACUCAGGACUUUGUACGGAGCGCCGAAGUGAGUGGGGGGCUUAAGAUCGACUCCAGCAUGGUGGUGGACAUCCGUGCCAGCCAGCAGAGACCAGGUCUCGUGUCGCUUCACUUUACUGUGGGCGAGCAGCAGAGCAAAGUGACCAUUGAUGUGCCCCCGGAGCACCCCUUUUUUGUGUUUGGACAGGGCUGGUCUUCCUGCAGCCCGGAGCGCACAGCCCAGCUCUAUGGCUUGGCCUGCCAUCACCUGCAAGUAGGAGAUGUAUGUGUGUCCAUCACGCUGCAGCAGCAGCUUCAGCCACAACAGCAGAAACAACCACAACACCAUCAUUCACAGCAGCAGCAACAACAACAACAACAACAACAACAACAACAGCAACAACAGAACCUGUCCAGGACUAUGAGCAAAACCAAAGCUACAUCAGGACCUGGUCACCAGCUCAUGGGGCCUCCUGCCCCUCAGCAGUCACGGUCUCAGUCUCAUUUCAGGAUAGACCGCAUCCACAGAGAAAGACAGCGGGAUGGGGAGAAAGAUGUGGUCGAUAAGGAGGAAGCCACACAUUUGGGGGUUGUUGGGCACACUGAGUCGCCCAUCAGACCAAGUAGGACCUCAGCAGAGCAUCCAAGGAGCCAGAGCAGUUACCACUUGCACACAGAGGGCUCUGCUUUUGCAGGGGCAGGGAUGGGAGUGAUGCAUGCAGCGCUAGGUGCUUCUCAGAGGCGCUGGUCCUCACCUGGCCUCCAAAGAUACAGUAUGAAGGGAGACGAAGGGCCACGCCCUCAGAUAAGCACCUCCAGCCACACAAGGCCCUCUUUCAUCCCCCAGGAGGUCAAACUGUCCAUUGAGGGGCGCUCUAAUGCAGGGAAGUAGCAUCACAUUUGGUAGCAACUAUAGAAGAGACUGCCAUGAGUAAGAAUGAGUCUGACAAGGAGAGAAAGAGGAAAAAAAAGAGUGCGAAUGUAGCCUCAGAAUGUUUGAGAUUUUGCACACCUAAAAUAUACAGAAAUACAAGAUCUUUCUCUUUCUGGUGAGAAGUUCUGGUUUGGUUUGGUUGUCACUCAGCCAAAGGAUUUGAGCCAGUGCUUCCCCAGCCAGCUGAGGUCUGACAGGGACAUGAAAAGCUGAGUAGAAAGUAUGUAGCUGAUGAAAUGCCUACCAUAGUCCUUACACACUGCAUUUCUCUUCCUCCCACCCUCCUUUGUUGCCACUUCCUCAUACCCAUGCUUGGAGGUUACCAUCGCAUUCAGAACACUCUUGCUUCCUUUUUGACCAAACUGUCUCUCUGGAUGACCACGGACUACGAAGAAUGUGUUUAUAGCACAGUAAAGCUACCAACUCUGCAGGUUCUGAUGUAUUUGAAAGAUCACAGCCAGUAAUAUUUUAUCUCCUCCAAUCCUAGGAUCCUGUUUCCUUCAAAAGCAUUUAACCCCCCCCCCCCCCCCCCAAAAAAAAACAAAACAAAAAAAACAGUGGAGUUGCUGACAUCAGCUGCUCCUGCCAUGAUGUUGGCAAUGUUGACGCUAACUGUCAGUGUAUGUUACAUUAUGCUUCUCCGGCAGGAGUCUAAAACCUCUGCUGUCAGCAGAGAUACUUUCUCCUCUCUUUCCUUUUCAGGAGGCCGGUCUGCAAGGAAUGGCAUUCUCUCAGGCAGAGUGCGGCAUGUCCUGCUUGUCUUACAAUCGAAAUAGUGAUAAAUCAAUCAAUUUGUCUGUUCAGCAAUCAGUUUCCACUCCAAAAAAGUUUUGCUUUCAUUACACACCAUCAUGCCCACUAGUUUUGGCUGAGGGCCCUAAUACUUAUGUGUGUUUGCAUAAAUGCCACGGAUUGGAAUUUGUUCUUUGUGAUAAUUAGUAAUAUCUUGCAUUCCAGUGUCAUCAGUGAGAAUACCCAUGAUUUAGUGUUUAACGGUUUCCUUUUUAGAGAAUAAUUUCCCAUCUUGAGCGACUCCCUCCCUCCUCCUCACUAUACCUCAAAGCUUUUCCCAACCAGACUGGUGACUUUUGAUGCAAUUUUCUACGGCGUAACUAACGGAGGAGGCACUGGCUGGUCAUCACCAAAGCCACCUGUGGGAACGCACCAGAGAGACUUUACCCUAUCACAUCACUGGCUGCAGGCCACUUUAACCCCUUGGAAGAGUGGAAGGGCCUGGUAGUUUGCCUUGGAGAGAAAACCUGUGUGUGAGUGAGUCAUUGACGAAGUCUUCUCUUUGUCCUCAACUUGAGUUACUCUUUGCUCAGUUACCAAAUUGAAGCAAUAGUUCUUUUUACAGCUCGCGGCUUUAAUGCUCUCUAAUCUCUAAUCCUUCGCCGUGAGCUGUUUUUAUAUCUCUAUACGUCUGAGGUGAGAGAUCUGACCCUCUUUUAAUCCAGACUUUCAAAGGUGAUGCACUAUUCAUUUACAUUGGUUCUUCAGUACAUCUGCAAAUGCAAAGCCUCUGACAGAUUUCUCAAGAAAUCAUUGUCGAUGAAACUGCUCCUCUUUGAUUCUCCAUCUCACUGAUGAUCUUUACUUUUUUAUAUGGAUUUACUCAAGUGCAUCUCCAAGAGAGGCUUGACUCUAAUUAAGUUGUGAUCAUUAUCAAGUUAUCUUCUCUUCUGUCUUUUGUUUGAACAUAUACGGUCCUUCACUUUUUUUACUAGGAUGUACUUUAUCAAGUGGAUCUGACGAUUGUCUCGUGUUGCACAUAGAAAAUGUCACUCAUUGAUUUCACACUGACCUUGUUAAUAAGAAUCACAGUGCAGUAGGUGUUUUUCUAAUGAAGGGAAUAUGUUUGAAGUAUUGUUGUUGGUGUUUUGUGGUGAGAGAGCGAGAGAUAGAAAAAAAAAAACUGACUUGCAUUUUUAACUGUUUACAAAUUAGCCAAGAUGAAUGCUGCAGUUUUCCUCCUCCUGACAGAUUUUUAUCCUUGUCACUCAAAAAAUCCAAAAGGGUGAAACUGAAAAUAAGUGCAAUUAGACCACACAUAAAAUCAUUCAGAGGUUUCUAAUCAGACAGCAUUCCUCACACAGACAUUCCCAUCACAAAAUGUAAAGCACACAGUACCAGUUUUCUUUUUUCCUGUCAUAUAUCUUUGGACUAACCUCUGGCAAAACAUUUAAAUAUUUGUUGCAUUUUAUGUUUUUAUUUCCUUUCCCGGUUAGUUCCAUGGUUGUCAUUUUUGUGUCUGACUUAUUUGUUGGUGCUGUACUUGCAAACUUUUGAACUAGUUUGUCCAUCAGCCUCAGACACUCUUGUGCGCGUGUGUGCAUGUUUGUCCGCUUCAACUUGGCCCGUAACCCCUCAUGGUUCAGAGUAUAUGACCUGACCCUCUGUCGGCAGGUACAGGGGCUAUGAGAGAAGUGUCAGACAGACUGACCUGAACUGGGCCUAGUGGACUUAUUUCCUCUGGUGCUGUUAUUUCGAGCAGCUUCAGAAGAUAGGUCCGCAUUUUUUUCAAGUCUAUUUUGAAACGAUUCUCACAUGCCCAUAAAGACUUACUGGUCGCUGUAAUCGUUCCUCCUGUCCAUACUGGCUGUGUAAAGAUUCCUUCCUGAUGUUAUUCCAGUGUGCGAUAUGGGGCAAAGUGAAGUGUUAUUUUUUUGUGCAAUAAAGCACUGAGUUGAUAAGAGCCUUCAGCAGUCAUACUUAGACAAAUCAAGUGGGUAUUAUCCAAAGUUAGAGAUGUUAUGGUACACAUUUCACUCUUUACGCUACUGUUCCUCUGCUGUCGCUCAGCAACUGCUGAAGCCUUCACACACAGAACGAGGACUGUGGAUUUUGUCCUUCAUCCCGUCACUUAAACUGGAAUCACAUUGAGAAGGGAUCUUUUUACAGCUAGUAUGAAUGGGAGGAACAUUUAUAAUGACAACUCCAUGUAUGUGUGGACAAGCGAGAACUCCGUGAAGUUAGACUUGAAAAAAUGUGAACCUGUUCUUUGAAAUGCUGUGCAAUGGGAGAUUGUCAUUCAGAAAUUAAUUUUACUACAGUACAAACUCAUCUUACCAUCAGAAGCUCACCCUAUAGAGUUUUUCUUUUUCAUGCUGUAAGCAAUAUACAUAAUACCUGAAAACAUUUCAUGUAGUCUUGGCAUUUUCUACGCAGUAAACUCAGUAUUGUACCCGUCAUUGUCUUAAGUACAGCUCUAUGCAGCUGUAAGGCAGGUUGACCGAUGCAGUCAUUUCACUCUAAUGUCUGGUUAUAGGAUUUUUGCUUUAAAUUACCUUUUUAUAGGAAUAUAAACCAAUAUUUUGCUUUGUUACUUUCUAUUUUUUGCUCAGUGAUCCCCAUCUUCCUGAGUAUAGCACACUGACAGAUCAGUAAAGUUUUAUUGUCUUCUUAUGAUGCCACACAGUUGCAGCCAAAUCACUCGAGACGAGUGUCACUCAGAUUUUCAUGUGUUUGUUCAGCAUUAUUUGGCACGGUUGCCAAGCCACUUCAACAUUGUAUUUUAGCUCAAGAUGCAUUUGAUGGGAUUUAAAUGGUGCAAGCAGUGCCUCCUGUGACUUUACCUCCUGUUAAUUCUCACAGCAAGACCAUCCUGUGCAGCCAUGAGUCUUUUUUGCUUUUGCCCUCUGCUUCGAAGCAGUGUGUGCCGUGUUAAGCAGGAAAACUCGACUUCUAGCAAGAUGUCCAGUGAAUAUUAUUCACAUCUCUGAUAGUCUGUUGCUGUAAGUAAUUGCACUAAAUGCCCUCCUUUACAGUGUUUUAAAAUUAAAACUGUUGGUUAAUUGAAGAGUUUCAAAAUGUAAAGCACACGAAAUCAUGGAGAAAUCACAGGUUGUGUGUUUCUGUAGAUAGAUGUAUUUUUUUGUAUAGAUAGUUUUGAUGAUGCUUGUCGAUAAUGCCUUAAAUUCUGCUGUGUACAAUGUGUGAAAUUGAAAUAACGGAAUAAUGCUUCUGGUAGACUUGGUGUUCCCUUUUCAGGCUGUACAAGAGCAAAUAAUCAGAAAUAUCAAAACUUGACACUCUUGUCAUGCUUAUGAGCAGAAAUUCAUGUUUAGAUGUCUCAAAGGGCGACAGUGAAUCCUCUUUGUGCCCCAAACGCUUCAACCAUGAGGUCUGCAACAUUUUGUUUGUGUGUGCCCCCCCCCUUCUUUUUCUGCCAUAUUUUUUUUUUAAUACACUCUAUUAUACUUUUUAACAUUUUAUUCUUGUUUUUCCAGUGUGUGGAAGUGGAGUACAUGGUAGCUCUUCUCUGCACUUCUUGCCAAGAGUGUCAGCAACAGAGGGCAAGCCAUUAAUACCACACACGCACACACACACGCACACACAUAUAGACAGACCUUGCACACAUCUGUUGUUUUUAUUGUUGCACAAGCUCCAUAGUUUGUUUUUUUUUUUUUUUUUUUUUUUAUAUCCCUGGAAUUAAUGGAUUGUGUUUGGUGUCUUGUGUCGUCCUACAGUCUCUGGACAGCAGGAGGUGGGUUUUUAUUAAAGGCAGAGACAGACAGACUGCAUAAAUCAGAUGGCUUUCAGUUGGUGGUAACGUAAUGGUUUCUUAUGUUUAGUGACGUUGGCAGUGGGUUUUUUUUUACCUCCCUCUGUGAACUGCUUCCUGUUGUUUGAUCCAGUAUUCAACUUAAAAGGUGAAGUUAGGACGGUUUUGGUGUUGCUGAUGGUGAAUUAAAUCAGGAGAAUAAGAACGGUUAAAAGUUUUAAAGAAGUCUGUGUAUUUUCAGAUUUGACAUUGUACUUUUUUGGCACAAGGUGACACUGCUUUUUAUGUGAUGUGUAACUAUCUAAAAACAAAACAAAAAACAGCAUCUUUUUUUUGAAAUGCCUAAAUCUGCAAAAUAUAUGCAAUGAUGUAAAUGUAACAUUCAAUCCUCAAGUAUAAUCCAGGUUGUAUGAACUUUGUAUAGUGAGUUUUAAUAUCGUAUGGCCGUACCAAUAUGUAUUGAUCUUCUAUCAGAAGCCUUAGAGUUGUCGACCCAAAGUGCUCCCUUAGAAUACCCUACACCUACCUGACUUUAACAAAGCAUUAAUAUCUCUAUUUUGUUGCAUUUUUAUUUGUACCCUUUUUGAAUAAAAUAGAUUUGUACUGUAUAUUUGUACCUCUCUGUGAACUACUUAGGGCGGUUUUUGUUUUUUUUGUUUUGCUGUUUUAAUUCUAUGUACUUUAAGGACACAAAGAUAUUGUAUUUUUAUUGUUACAGCUAACUUGGAGACAUUGCAUUUAUCAUGUUUGUUAAGUAAACACAAUAUAAUAUAUAUAUAAAUAUAUAUACAAAUAUAAAUAUAAACUAUUAUUCAA